AAACCCGAUUGCUUUUUGUUUCUGUAUUUAUAUUUAUACCAGGAAUUAAGCAGAAAUGAUAAUCCAUUAUCAAAAUCAAUCAUACCCAACAACAUCCUCCGACACCAUGUUGCACAUGGAAAACCCCCUCCUGCAGUCAACAAACUCAAUUACCUUCACAUUCUUUGGGCUGUUGUUAUUUCUCUUUGUUCUUUCAUCCAUAUUCAGAAACCGCGGUGCUGCAACAAGAAAAGCACCACCAGAAGCAAGAGGCGCGUGGCCUUUAAUUGGUCACAUCCACCUCUUAGGUGGCUCAAAACCACCCCAUGUCACGUUGGGCCACAUGGCGGACAAAUAUGGUCCCGUCUUCACCUUGCGUCUGGGUGCUCACAAAACGUUGGUUGUGAGCAAUUGGGAAAUGGCCAAACAGUGCUUUACCGUCAACGACAAAGCGUUUGCUAGCCGUCCUAAAUCAGUGUCCUUUGAAUUGUUGGGAUACAACUAUUCCAUGAUUGGGUUCAUCCCUUACGGUUCUUAUUGGCGUCACGUGCGCAAAAUUAUCACGCUGGAGCUUCUCUCUACUCACUGCAUAGACAUGCUCAAGCACGUGAUGGUGGCCGAGGUUAAGGCGGCAGUGAAAGAGACUUACAAGAACCUAAAGGGUUCCGAAAAGGCAACAACUGAAAUGAAGAGGUGGUUCGGGGACAUAACGUUAAACGUUAUGUUCAGAACGGUGGUAGGAAAACGUUUUGUUGGUGAGAAUGAAGAGAACGAACGGAUCCGAAAGGCGCUGAGAGAAUUUUUUGACCUGACGGGGGCGUUCAAUGUGUCUGAUGCUCUUCCUUAUUUGAGAUGGUUGGAUUUGGAUGGUGCAGAGAAGAAAAUGAAAAAGACGGCGAAAGAGUUAGAUGGGUUUGUUCAAGUUUGGCUGGAAGAACACAAAAGUAAAAGGAAUAGUGAAGCUGAACCCAAAAGUAACCAGGACUUGAUGGACGUGCUUCUUAGCCUUGUUGAGGAGGGUCAAGAGUUUGACGGCCAGGAUGCUGACACCACAAUCAAAGCUACUUGCCUGGGCUUAAUUUUAGCUGGCUCUGAUACGACAACAACAACAUUGUCUUGGGCUCUCUCAUUACUUCUCAAUAAUCGUGAAGUCCUAAAUAAGGCAAUCCACGAAUUAGACACACAAAUUGGGAGUGAAAAAAUUGUAGAGAUAUCAGACUUAAAAAAGCUAGAAUAUCUCCAAUCUAUCAUCAAGGAAACAUUACGUUUGUACCCAGCUGCACCACUUAAUGUGCCACACGAGUCCUUAGAAGAUUGCACCGUGGGUGGAUAUCAUGUACCAACUGGCACGCGUCUGUUGACUAAUAUUUCAAAACUUCAACGAGACCCUUCAUUAUACCCUAAUCCAUUAGAAUUUUGGCCAGAGAGAUUCUUGACAACCCACAAGGAUGUAGACAUCAAAGGUCAACAUUUUGAAUUAAUUCCAUUUGGUGCAGGUAGAAGAAUGUGCCCUGGACUUUCUUUCGGUCUUCAAGUAAUGCAACUAACGCUUGCUACUCUAUUGCAUGGGUUUGACAUUGUAACUAGUGAUGGGGAACAUGUCGAUAUGCUUGAACAAAUUGGACUAACCAACAUUAAGGCCUCUCCACUCCAAGUCAUUCUUACACCACGUCUUUCUGGUCAUAUUUAUGAUGAAAUUUAAAUACUAAAAAAAUAAGAUAACAUGUCAUGCAUGGAUAAAUUAGGAAUGCUUGGCUUUUAUCGUUUUGAAUAAAUUACGAAUGCUAAGAUUUUAUUAUUUAAAUAAAAUAGGAAUAUAAAACCUGGGAUUAAGGAAAAGAUUAGUCAAAUCCUGAGUCAUGGGAUUCCUUUUUUAUUUUUGGAUUCUAAUUUCUUAUGAUUAAGGGAAUUGUCUCCCCCUAUGUUUUCCUAUGUAAGUUGUACCACUCUGUUAUUAUUUGAAUCAAUAAAGCAAAUAUUUAUACAUUCUAAUUUA